GUCAUUUUCCUCUUCCCUUCAUUGAUCAGAUGUUGGAGAGGUUGGCUGGCCAUGAAUUCUAUUGUUUCUUUGAUGGCAUGUUCGGAGACUUUCAUAUCCGAUAGAUCCAGCAAAUCAGGAGACGACCACUUUCACAUGUCCAUAUGGUACUUUUGCGUACAUACGUAUCCCUUUCGGGUUAUGCAAUGCACCUGCCACAUUUCAAAGAUGCAUGACAGCAAUCUUUGGGAAUCUAGUGGAGGAUGCUGUAGAAGUCUUCAUGGAUGACUUCUCUGUCUAUGUAGAUUCCUUUCAUCAUUGUCUAACAAAUCUGGAGAAUGUCCUUAUUCGAUGCGAGGAGACACAUCUUGCAUUAAACUGGGAGAAGCGCCACUUCAUGGUGACAGAGGGAAUUGUUCUUGGCCACAAGAUCUCAAACAAAGGCAUUGAAGUUGAUCGUGCAAAGAUCGAGACAAUUGCGGCUCUUCCACCACCAUCUUCUGUAAAAGCAAUACGUAGUUUCCUGGGCCAUGCGGGAUUCUACAGAUGCUUCAUCAAAGAUUUCUCCAAGAUCAGUCAGCCUUUGACCAAGCUUCUGGAGAAGGAUGCAGUUUUCUCAUUUUACGAGAAAUUUCUUUUGGCAUUUAAGUUAUUGAAGGAAAAACUCACCAACUCUCCCAUCCUUAUGUUUCCAGAUUGGAACCUACCAUUUGAGCUCAUGUGUGAUGCCAGUGAUUAUGCAGUUGGCACUGUGUUGGGACAAAGAAAAGAAAAGAGGUUCCAUCCAAUUUACUAUGCCAGCAGAACUUUGAAUGAUGCUCAAAGGAACUACACCACCACAGAGAAGGAGAUGUUGGCCAUUGUUUUCGCCUUCGACAAAUUUCGUUCAUAUUUGGUGCUAUCUCAUACAGUGGUCUUCACAGAUCAUCACUCACUUCGAUACCUUCUAUCAAAGGCAGAUGCUAAGCCGAGACUCAUUCGAUGGAUCCUACUACUCCAAGAAUUUGACAUAGAGAUCAAAGACAAGAAAGGAGUCACAAAUGUAGCUGCUGAUCAUCUAUCUCGAUUGGAGGGUGCUGAGUUUGCUAUUUCAGAUCCGGUCGAAAUCAAUGAGUCAUUCCCGGAUGAACUCCUCGAAGUCAUCAUCAAAGAAGCUGAAGGACCAUGGUUUGCAGACAUGGCCAAUUAUCUAGCCGUGGGACGACUUCCCCAACACCUAUCAUAUCAAGCAAAGAAAAAGUUAUUUGCUGACCUAAAGCAUUACUUUUGGGAUGAUCCAUUCCUAUUCAGGAUAGGCUCUGAUGGGAUAAUCCAUCGAUGUGUUCCUAUCACCGAGGCACAUAAUAUCAUCCAUCAUUGCCAUUCCGGCCAGGCAGGAGGCCACUACAGUGGAAAUCGUACAACAAGAAAAGUAUUGGAAUCAGGAUUCUACUGGCCCACUAUUUUUUGAGAUUGCGACCACUUUGCUAGAAGCUGUGAUGAUUGCCAACGGAUUGGCAAUAUAUCUCGCCGGGAUGAAAUGCCACAACACAUGUUUCAACCCAUCGAGAUCUUUGAUGUCUGGGGCAUUGAUUUCAUGGGACCCUUCCCAUCAUAUUCGGGCAACAAAUACAUCCUAGUGGUCGUUGACUAUGUGUCAAAAUGGGCAAAAGCACAAGCCCUUCCCACUAACGAUGCCAGAAAAGUGGGGAAGUUUCUCCAACAACUAUUCACCCAAUUUGGAGGCGACGGUAAAGAAGAGCUCAUUGGGAGGCGACCCAAUACUCGGUUUGCAUUUUCUUAACCUUAUUUGUUGUGAUUUCUUCAUAUUCGAUUUUUUUGUGUGCUUCGAAUUUUGUUUUAAAAAAAAUGUUUUUUGUGU